AUUUACUUCUACAUAAAGCCAGUGUAUCGGUCGAAGUCAGUGUAAUUUAUUUGUUAGAUGAAUUAGGUUGAAGAGUGAAUUCUCUGUGUCACAGAUAGAUCUUUUUACCAAUAAUUAUUUUCAAAAUGUCUUGUAAAUUAGUUAGUUGUUUGGUGUUGUUUUUUGUGAUUGCUGUGAGUGAUAAAAGCAAUGCGCACACUUAUCAUUCGGGAGAAUGUCCAUUGGUGGAACCAAUGUCUGGAUUUGAUAUGAGUCAAUUUCUAGGCAUUUGGUAUGCCGUUCAGAAGACUUCCACCGCUUCAUCAUGUCUGAUUUACAAUAUAACCAGAGGCUCUGAGCCGGGAGAAUAUCUGAUCGAACAAACAUCGCAACAUUUUGCACUUGGACUGACGCCGUUGAAACAUGAAUACAGUUACACGGGAGAAAUCACAGUUCCGCAUAGAGAUGUUCCAGCUAAAAUGCAAGUCAAGUUCCCAUUGAACGUUGCUGGCGAAUCAUCAUUUACCGUGUUCAUGACCGACUACUCAAACUAUGCCGGAAUAUUCUCAUGCCAAAAAGUGGCUUUUACUCAUCGCCAAAGUGCAACAUUACUCUCCCGUACUCGCACAUUGGAUAAAAUGUACCUCGACAAGAUGAGAACCCGUUUGGCAUCACACAGUGUCGAUCCAUUCGAUUUGAGUAUCAUUUCGCAAACGGAUUGUCCGAAAGAUGCCAGUGAAGGCUAUAACAUUCACAUCGAUCCGGACACAUUUUCGGCUGCAAAUGUGGCGAACGUAUUCCGAAAGGCUGGCGAAAAAAUCGGCGAUGGAGUAGAGUGGACCAUCGAUGCAACCAAGAAGGUUGGUGGUGUUGCUAAAACAAUUCUAUUUUAAUAGCGUAGCUUACAACAAACUGACCAACUCAACACCAGUAACUGAUGCGGAGAAUAAAGAUAAAAUAAUGCAACAGCCCCAAACAGCGGAUCAAGAUGCAGAAUGGGUUCGUUUUAAGUAAAUCGUUCAAAGAUCUGUGUGUCAUUUUAAUUUGUAAUUUUACUGAUUUUGGAUACAUUAAAGCUGCAAAAUUUGUGAAGCCAAA